GAACAACUCGGAGCUAACAGUACUUUUAAUCAAAUCAUAAUGACUGGAAUUCCAUUGCUCACAAUACCAGAGGCAGCUUAUGAUCCUAGUUCAUACUCCAAGAGAUCUUCAAGGGGCGGAAAAUCCCAAUUGGUAGCAUACUUAAUCAAAUUGACAAAUGGUUCAGCGAUUGGGUUGACUGUGGCUUACAUCAUUGGCUUGUUAAUUCUCAAGCCACUCUUGGAAACCACAGCUUCCAGAAGGCUCGAAGUUUUGGAGAUGUUUCGUGGCCGUCUUAGAGAUUGUUAUCUCAAUCUAGUUGGACGGGUAAGUUACAUUCCGAUAGUUGGGAUCAACAAGAAUAAUGGCGAUGGAAAACUCUAUGCAGACGCUAUAGUUCAGACAGACGAUUCUUACAUUGACAGAACAAGAAUAAAGACUGCGCAAGACAAGGAAGAAGAGCUCGAACAUUCAGAUAAGUUGAAACUGGGCCGCCUUGUGACAAAGAUUACCAAACUCUCGGAAGCAUUGGCCAGGUGUCAUGCAUAUCUGACUACAGAAAUAUCUCAUUAUCGCACCACAAACUAUGCCUUAAAGGAGUUUCAGAACAGAUCAGACUUAGUGUACUUUAAUAGUUCGGAGCUUUUUAGCGACGUCAAAUCAGAGGAUACUAAGACAAGAAAAAGGAAUAUUGCAGUCGACACCAAGAAUGAGAUCAGGCAAAUCAAGGGACUUUUCAUGAGUGGUCAAGUUUGAAUUAUUUGAAUAGGACUCAUAUCAACUUGAUCCUUUUUUAUUUGAAGCCAGGUUUAUAGUAAUGCAUCAUGACGAAG